AGGUGAUGUGGUAUGUGUGUAUACACGCACACACAAUAUACAGUUCCAUAUUUCUAUACUAGAAUAUCACACAGCCAUAGAAAAGAAUGAGCGCUUGCUAUUUGGGACAACAUGAAGGACCCAGGGGAUAGAAUGCCAAGUGAAAUAAGUCAGGCCGAGAAAGACAAAUGCCAUAUAAUUUACUUAUGGGUGGGAUCUGAAAAAACAGUCUAAUAAAUACAAACUGGUGCUUGCAGGGGCAGAAAUGGCAAAGGUGGUGAAGGGGAUUAAGAGGUUCGGACUUACAGCUGUAAAAUGAGUAAGUCCCAGGGAAGAAAUGUACAGCAUAGGGAACACAGUAAGGUAGUAACGUGGCAGAUGGCAGCUGUGGUUAUGCGCAUCGUGUAAUGCAUGGCACUGCAGGAUCACGCUGUUGUACACCUGAGACUUAUGUAACAUUGUAUGUCAACUAGACUGCAAUAAAAAAAAAAAAUUAAGAAAAGGUAGUUUCAUUUCCAAAAGGGACAAAAAUCAUAUGGGUGUUCAUUUAAGUCCAAAUAGGAGGUUUAUAAAAUGAAAACCACUGUGGAGCAGUAAACGAAGAUACUAACGAAUAGUUAAUAGCCUCUUCCUGGUUGGAAAGACUCAAGACAGCCGAGAUGACACUGGGCCCAGCGGAACCAGAGCGCCACGGGAGGGCAGAUGGUCAGACUGCCUUGGAAGCUCCUGGAAGCGGUGGCGGGUUCCCGCAUCCCGGGACUUGGCAGGCGGGGGGUGGGGUGAAGCCGGCUGGCACCAUCUGGUACAUACAGGCUUGGGAAGCCCGCCCCUCAGGAGGUCAGACCUGCCUGUCCCGGGGCGGGGCCUCGGGAGCUCGCGGCCCAAGUGGGCGCGCCCAAGUCCUGGAGUCCAAAGGCCAAGGAGACAUGGCUGCCCCCCGCGACGCUGAGAUCCGGAAGGACGUGCAGACCUACUAUGGGCAGGUGCUGAAGAAAUCAGCAGACCUCCAGACCAGUGCCUGUGUCACUGCAGCCAGGCUGGUCCCCAAGCAUAUCCGGGAAGCCUUGAGGAAUGUACAUGAAGAAGUAUCCUCGAGGUAUUAUGGCUGUGGUCUGGUCAUCCCUGAGUGUCUGGAGAACUGCUGGAUUUUGGACCUGGGCAGUGGAAGUGGGAGAGAUUGCUAUGUCCUGAGUCAACUGGUUGGUGAGAGAGGACAUGUCACUGGGAUAGACAUGACGGAAAGUCAGGUAGAAGUGGCUAAGAAGUAUAUUGAAUAUCACAUGGAAAAAUAUGGCUUCCAGACACCCAAUGUGACUUUUCUUCAUGGCUACAUAGAGAAUUUGGAGGAGACUGGAAUCAAGAAUGAGAGUUAUGAUAUUGUUAUAUCAAAUUGUGUCAUUAACCUUGUGCCUAAUAAGCAGUCUGUGCUGCAGGAGGCGUGCCGAGUGCUAAAGCAUGGUGGGGAGCUGUAUUUCAGUGACGUCUAUGCUAACCUUGAAUUGCCAGAAGAAAUCAGGACACACAGAAUUUUAUGGGGUGAGUGCCUGGGUGGUGCUUUGUACUGGAAGGACCUUGCCGUCCUUGCUCAAAAAAUUGGUUUCUGCACACCGCGUUUGGUCACUGCCAAUCUCAUUACAGUUCAAAACAAGGAAUUAGAAAGAGUGAUCGGUGACUGUCGUUUUGUUUCUGCAACAUUUCGCCUCUUCAAACUCCCUAAGACGGGACCAGCUGAAAGAUGCCAAGUGAUUUACAAUGGAGGAAUCACAGGCCACGAAAAAGAACUGAUAUUUGAUGCAAAUUUCACAUUUAAGGAAGGUGAAAUUGUUGAAGUGGAUGAAGAAACAGCAGCUAUCUUGAAGAAUUCACGAUUCGCCCAGAAUUUUCUGAUCAGACCAAUUGGAGAGAAGCUGCCAGCAUGUAGUGCCUCCUGUGCUUUAGGAUCAAAGAUUUAAAAUGACAUCCCUAGAAGCAAGUGUUGCCUUUGUCCUCCAUUCAUACAGAUGGGCAGACUGGAAAGCCCCUGGAAGUCACGAGAAGCCUGUACCAGAAGCCCCUCUCUAAGGAGAGGGUCAUUCUUGGAGCUAACAAGCCUCCAAACUGGAAGGAAGAUCCUUCUUUCUGAGGAAAAUGUGCCUGGCUUAGGUGUCUAGAUUGGUCUGUGUCUUGGAUCUACAUGAAAUAUAUGAACCCCCCUGCCCCCGGCACCACUCAGGAUAAAAAUCACUUAGUGAUCCCUGUGUGAAUUUGAGCUUGGUUUGUUUUUUAUUUUUAUGGUGGGGGGCUGCAAGAGAGAGCAGGAAAGAGGGAAUCCCAAGCAGGCUGCACGCCCAACGUGUGAGCCCAGCUCAAGGCUUGAUCUCCCUGAGAUCAUGACCUGAGCUGAAAUCAAGAGUCAGAUACUUAACUGACUGAGCCACCCAGGCGCCCCUGAGCUUGGUUACUUUUAUAUUAUAAGUUGUUCCAGUGGGUCCUUCCUUAUAUUCUUUGCUUUGAAGUCCUGAAUUUGUAACUUGUUUCUAAACUGCUGAAUGCCAUGUUUUCCUGACUGUUCUAGCUUUCUCUGCAAUGCACAGGAAAUAUCUGUACGUUUGGCCAGCUCUCCCCUGCCCCCCUUCUCCACACUUAUUUUUAAAGUGUAUCUUCAGCAUUUGUGAGCCUUUAAUGGUCUUCCCUCUUAGCUCCCUUAAACACACUUGAAUUCACACUUUUUUGAGAAGUUAAAACAGUUUCAUUUUCAAUCAGCUGACUUCGAAAGACCAUCUCUAUAUUUAACUUUGUCAUAUAUCCCUAAAAAUCUCAACUUUUUUUGAUUCUACACUUUGAUAGUGUUAUUUUUAUAAAUGCAUGCCAAGUUUGUGAAUUGGGUUUUUUCCAUCUGAACUUAUUUUUCAGAUAUAGCAGUCAGUGAAUUGGUGGUGGGGGAAGGAUUGCCAGAACCUGAAGGGCUAGAAAGUAGAGUCAGGGCCAUUAGUUGAAAACAAUCAGAAUAAAAAUUCUUUCAUUUCUAUAACAUUCUAUGGAUUCUCUUUUCAACAUCUACUGUUGUUCUAGGCCCUGGUGAUAUAGCCGUGAACAAAAGAGACAAAAUCUUUAUCCUCACGAAGUUCAAGCCCUAGUGGAAGGGGACAGAUAAUAAACAAAAUUAAGGACAAUAAAGCAGAGACGGAGUGAAUGGAGUGUUCGUGAGUUUAGAAAAAGGUGGCCUUUAGGGCGCCUGG